AUGCUCAGUUGUCGGAUAGUGAGGCUUGCCUUCUCGGCCGUGUCGUUGAUACGUACUGGACACGUAGAGCUUCGUCGUCAACCCAGAUCCCAACGCUUCGGUCACACCGUCGACAAAUCUUUGGAGAGCGCUGAUCAAGGUGCAGAAGACGACGAUCAGAUAUUGAAAAAUCAAUAUGGUACAAAUCACAGGAAGAAGAUUUACCAAUGCCAUUUUGUCGAAAGAACGCUAUCCCUCAAUAUUUCCACUCCCAGCGAGCUGUACGCAGAGCAGGAUGGUUACCUACGCACUUCCCAUUCCCCGGAGCGCUACGCCAAGCCGAGGCUGGAGAUUGAGCAGACCGUCAAGAGCCACAACCGACUGUUGAUCGGGACGGUCACAAGUAUACGAGGGCUUCCCAACGGCAGGCAGGAGGACCAGUCCACCAUCGGCGACUUAAACGCGAAGCGAGGAAAGAACAGCCAGACCACACACCUCCCAAUCACCAUCGACUUCCAGCUACAGUCGAUCCUGCCGAUAUUCAGGAUCAAGGUGCAAGACCGCAGCCGUUACGAAGAAGCACUACUAGUCGAUCCCGACGACUGUGAGCACGUGCUCUUCUGGUGGCCAGGCGGAGAUGGCAGCGGCGUGGUGCGGUUAGAUACAAAACUGCAACUCUUGAAGGCGGGGCAGCGAGUGGAGAAGAGCCUCCAGAAGUUCGUGGACUACGGUGGAGAUGAGAUGCUCAGGCUGGUCGACCUUCAUGUCGCCGCAUACACGAUGACAGAAGUCUUCGUCCCGUCUCACGAGGAUCAGGACUGA